AUGAGUUCCGAUGAGCUGGAGUUCUAUAGACAACUCGAAGAAAGGGUUCAAGAAAAAAUUGACCUUUUCAAAAAAAAGUAUCCAGAGGGUUUUCAUUGUAUGCCAAGAGGCACUCAAAUUUUAAACAAUAAGCGCUUCGAUGAGUGGGGAAGCUAUAUUGUGAAGGCUCCACCGCCUUCUCAGUAUGUUCCCCUACAACAAUCUAGAAGCGCACCACCACAGGUUGCCCCACUGAGUACCACGAGGCUGCCUCCAGUACCCACCCAAUCUCGACAACAGCCAGCAACGACUUCAGUACAAGCCGACCAGAACACAACGGCUGGAGCCCUUCGUUCAACUGGAAACAAGCCUUUUGUUGAUUCGUAUCUGUCAUUUUUAGAAACGCGAACUGAAAACGAAGACCCUGAUCCAUCACAAAGAGAACGUGAGGAGGAAGGGCGACGAGCAAUUUUCAAUGGGCGAUCCACUAGUGUAACAAUAAGCCCCGAGAAUUCGAGGACGACUGAAAAAAAACUUUCCGAGAACAAGUAUUCAGCAAAACCGGCUGGGAAGAAACCAUCCGCAAAGAAGCCAGCAGUUAAAACUACCUUUGAUACAAAUGCGACUAAAAAUAAUAAUCAUGCCGCCGGGAAAAUCACAAAUGGUUCAUCAAAGACGAACAAUAAUAAUGCGGCGCCAAAGAUCAAUGGUAAUGGAACUUCGUAUGCUGGUCAAAAUGGUAUCUCUUCAAAACUGAGCAACAAUGGUUCCUCCAAGCUGAUCAAUAAUGGUAGCUCUUUAAUACUGGUUAAUAAUGAUAUGCCAAAACCAAUUAUCAAUAGCUUAUCGUCUAAUAAAGUGAUUAAUAAUGAUUUCGCAACGGCAGGUACCAAAACGGCGAUCAAUGAAUCUAUAACGACGAAAUCCUACGGUAAAGAUUUAACAUCCAUAGUAUCCAUUAACUCGAUUAAAAAACCGAAAAAUUUGGAAGAGAUCAACGCUUUCUUAAAGAAUUAUUUUGCGACAAGGAAAGAGAAGAAACAAUUUGUCAUGCCAAUAGAGGAGAAUGUUACCAUACGGAAAAGGAAUAAGGGAAAGGAAGUCGCCACCAAACGACCCGCUCAAAAACGACCAGUUUUAAAAGCCGAUCGAUCAACGAAGAGAGUUAAAAAAUCGAAGAGUAUCGAUCCCGAGAUUACCGAUGAUCUUGAUGAUGGCGAAUCGACUCUGCCGAAUCCUGAAAUAUCAGUUAGAAAGCCGUUUGUUGUAAAGCUUAAAAUACCACGACCUCCUGAGGAGUCAGAGUGCACUCAAGAAUCUUUACGACAGCAAAAAUUCAGUUCAUUACGUAUCAAUGGUCAGAACAGCCCUUCGAGAGAUAGGAAAGAUGGCAUAAUUAGAUCAGUAAGGAAUGAGAAUAAAAGUAAUUUUGGAGGGAAUACCGCAGGUAAAAAUCCUAAAAGUUCUCGGAAGAGCAAAGUCGUCGAAAGCCUAGAGGAAAACACUCGAGAUAGUGAACCUCAUGUCUCGCGAAAUGUUAAACGUAGAAUUGAUGACGAUUCGUCGGAUUCCACCUCAAAGCGAUCAAAAAAAAGGUGUGUCCCAAUUAACGCACAGAGUAUCGAUGCCCCAAUUAAAAGCGAAGAAUCUUCUACAAUUUCAAUCUCUAAAAAAGAAGAGUCCUCUAUAAUUCCAGUCCGUAUUAAGAAGGAAGAAUCCCCUAUAACCAUCACAAAUGCUGAUCGAAAUUCUAUCGGCAUGCAAACUCAAUUAGUUAAGACUAUCGAGAUGGCCAUCCAGACAAAUUCCACGGAGAUGGUUUCAAUCAGUGUUCAAACUGAUUCAGAACCUUCAUCGACAUCCAACGAUAAUUAUUCUGAUUCACAACCUUCUUCCACGAUUAAUGAUGAAUCUGCUAAAUUUCACCAUGUUUUGUACAAUCAUAAAACGCAACAGGCAACAAACUAUAAGCAUCGAAGUGAGUCUGAAAAAGUUCCGCUGAAUAGAAUUUCCGACUACAUUGAAGCCUACCUACUUUAUGCAGACGCUUUUUAUAAUCAGUAUGAGGCAUACACAUUUGGUCGUUCCUACAGCAAUCUGCUUAACCCUCGAAAGUUUUUCACUGCUGUUUACGGUAUGGACAUAAUCAAGGACGAAUCCGAAUUAAUCGGUGUAUUAAAAUACAUUCAUGCUGUUAUCUCAAAUAUUUUUUGCAAGAAUGAUCGUGAUCAAUGCCUUAAAAAAGAGAGCGAAUAUCUCAAUGAAUACAUAGAUAAGAUAAGAAAUGGAUCCCCCGGGGAGGUCGAAGAAGCGUUGAAAAAAUAUAAUGGUUAUCUUGAUCAGAUGAAAAAAUCACUAAAGCAAUGCUCAGAUAAUCUCAACGAGGCCUAUGAGAACCUAAAAACAGCGAAGAGGUUACUUGGGGAUAGUAUAAUUGACAUUAAUGAUAGCCUUAAAAAUGUCAUGAUCUUUGCACGUAAAAGGGUGGACAAAUGGAGACAGGAUAAAGGAAUUACCUUUGAUGCCUUGGGUUCCACAUAA